AUGUUUCGAUAUUUCGUGGUGAUAGCGGCAUUCGUCGUACUCAACAUCAAUGGUUUGGCAAGAAUUCUUUUGCAUAAGACAACUUCUUUGCCAAGAGCGAUUGAUGUCAAAACUCGACAUGGUCGUGAAGAUGUUAGUAAUAUUGUAAAGCUACCUUUGCAUAGUGAUCGGGAUAUUGCGUACUAUGGUAAUAUUACAAUUGGAACCCCACCGCAGAAGUUUACAGUAAUCAUAGAUACUGGUUCCGCAAAUCUCUGGGUACCAUCCAUAAAUUGUGUUGACAGCAACAGAGCUUGCAAGAAACAUAAUAAAUAUGAUUCCUCAAAAUCUAGCACAUAUAUACCAGAUAAUACAGGGUUCAAAAUUGACUAUGUUUCUGGUUCUGUUGGCGGACACUUUUCUACUGAUGUAGUAAAUAUUGCUGGUUUUGAUGUUGAAAAUCAAACAUUCGGGGAAGCAGUAACAGAAGCAAAUGUUUUCGAAAAUGCAGCAUACGACGGACUCUUGGGAAUGAGUUAUUCAAACAUAUCUAUCGAAGGAGUGACACCACUUUUUGCCAACAUAGUUAAACAACAUAAAAUAAUUUCAAUUUUUAGUUUCUAUAUUAAUCGAGAUCCAAAUAUUACAUGGGCUGGUGAACUGAUAUUUGGUGGUUCUGAUCCGAGGUUUCGUAUAGGUCCGUUUACGUAUGUCGAUGUUUCUAAAAAAGGAUAUUGGCAAUUUACCAUGGAUAAGGUUAAAAUGGAAGAUCAGAUUUUAUGCGCAAAUAGCUGUGAAGCUGUUGUCGAUACAGGCACUACCCUAAUAAUUGGGCCACCAACAGAUAUCACAAUUAUCAAUGAACGGAUAGGAGCUAUAUAUUAUACUAAUUAUUCGACGGAAGUUUAUAUGGAUUGCGACAAAACUUCUAAUUUGCCUGAUAUCGACUUUAUCGUAGGUGGUUUUAAAAAACUCAGACUCUCUAGUGAUGAUUAUAUUGUUAGGCAUAAGCUAAACAAUGUGACGGUGUGUAUGAGCGCCUUCGAGAGUGACCCUCCGGAUGACGACGGUCAAUUUUUCUGGACUUUAGGCGAUGUAUUUCUACGUCGGAUUCUUUUGCAUAAGACAACUUCUUUGCGAAGAGCGAUUGAUAUCAAAACUCGACAGCGUCGUGAUGAUUUUGAUAAUUUUGUAAGGCUACCUUUGCUUCGUGAUCGGGAUUCUGCGUACUAUGGUAAUAUUACAAUUGGAACUCCACCGCAGGAGUUUAAGGUAAUGAUAGAUAUUUGUUCCGCAAAUCUCUGGGUACCAUCCAUAAAUUGUCAUGUCACCAACAGAGCUUGCAAGAAACAUAAUACAUAUAAUUCCUCAAAAUCUAGCACAUUUAUAGAAAAUGAAAGAGAGCUCGAAAUUAGCUAUGCUUCUGGUGCUGUUGGCGGAUGCUUUUCUACUGAUGUAGUGAAUAUUGCUGGUUUUGAUGUUCAAAAUCAAACAUUCGGGGAAGCAAUAAAUCAGUACGGAAGUUUUUUCGAAAUUGCAAAAUACGACGGAAUCAUGGGACUGAGUUAUCCAAACAUAUCUAUUGAAGGAGAGACGCCACUUUUUACCAACUUAGUUAAACAACAUAGAAUAAUAGAUUCAAAUAUUAAAUGGGAUGGUGAACUGACAUUUGGUGGUUCUGAUCCGGCGUUUCAUAUAGGUCCGUUUACGUAUGUCGGUGUUUCUAAAAAAGGAUAUUGGCAAUUUACCAUGGAUAAGAUUAAAAUAGGAGAUCAGAUUUUAUGCGAAAAUAAAAGCUGUGAAGCUGUUGUCGACACAAGCACUACCCUGAUAAUUGGACCACCAACAGAUAUCAUAAUUAUCAAUAAACGGAUAGGAGCUAAUUAUACUAAUAAUACGAUGGGAAUUUUUGUGGAUUGCAACAGGACUUCUAAUUUGCCUGAUAUUGAUUUCAUCGUAGGAGGUUAUAGAAAACUCAAACUCUCUAGUGAUGAUUAUAUUGUUAGGCAAAAGGAAAACAAUGUGACGACGUGUAUGAGCGCCUUCAAGAGUAAUGAGCCUCCGGAUUACGCCGGUCAAAAAUUGUGGUCUUUAGGCGAUGUAUUUCUACGUCGGUAUUAUACGGAGUUCGAUAUGCUGAAUGAUAGGAUAGGAUUUGCUUGUGCAAAAUAA